UAACAUGGUAAUUAUGGUAAUUUUGAUAAAAAUUGUAUAAAAUCAUAUACAGUACUUUCAACUGAAAAUCGGUUGGGAUUCGAACAUGGAAUAUUGGGUAAUUAACAAAACUGAUUAUACGGACAUCUUAUAAAAAAAAAUACGGGUAAUUUAUGGAAGCCUUGUACUGUAUAUGGCUUUCUCCAAGAAUAAAACCCACCCUUUAUGCUAUCCCCUGUCAUCGGCAGCCACAGACCUAAACCUAGAAUUCCCUUCCUCCUCCUCCUUCUCCUUCUCCUUGUCUGAGUCUAAUAAGUUCCGAUCCAUCUCCAUCGAAACCAUGGUCAUCUACGGUUGGACAGGCGUCUUCUGGGACAUGGAUGAUUUCACACUCCCUCCUGGUCUCGGUGUAGAUCAGUUUGUGAAGAAUGUCUGCUUAGCUAUAUCGAAUGAGGGUGCUCGUGGUGACGUAGAGUUCUUUGCUUAUAGUAGUUCGGACUCCUUUGAUUAUGGUCGAUAUCUCGAGUCCACGUCCUUUACUCCAGCUAAAGUUGUCAGUAAACGUUCAAGGUUUUAUCGUUUGUUACAUUGCAUGCUUAACUGGGUUCACAAACGUAGACAGUAUGGAGGAAAAAAAAAUGUGUUGGUAAUUGCAAAGGCUAUGCCAGGGGAAGAUAACAUCAACCUGAUCAGUUUUCUUGACGAAAUGAUUAUUAGAGACCAUAAUGUUUUCACAGUAGUUCCUGAGGGAUGCUCACCAGAAAAUUUUGAUUAUCCUGAGCCAAUUUUAGCUUGGUAUUGGUCUUCCUUAUGUUCUGGAAGUACGUCCAUCGACCUUUCUUCUGCGUAUCCUACUACUGAUGAUGAUUCCGGAAGCAGCUCACCAGAAACUGAUCGUGCACAAGGUGUGAAACGUGCAAGUGAAACUGAUGCUACUGUUGGUUCCCCUAUGAAACGUGGUCAAAAAGAUGCUGACUCUCAGAACUAGUCAUCAGAUAAUACAUACUUUUGUUUCUAUCAAAUUGGGUCUGUUGUUGUGCUUUUAACGCUGUCUUCUUGCUUUUGUGUACACCUCUUAAACUCUAUGGUUUUGUGUUGAAAUGAUUUGCUUCCAGAAGGUAAUCUUAAAACAUAUAUGUCUCUCCUAUUUGUGGUUCUAUAAUCUAUAUCAACUGACUGAUAAUUAAAUAAACAACCUGGUGUUUUUAUGUAGGCAAAGUUUGGAGUUCAGAAAAUUUGGGUUAUGGUGCUGUUCUUCGCACUCACGGCACCAGCAGGGAUUGGAAUUGGUAUUGGAGUCGCCGAGAUUUACAAUGAGAAUAGCCCGAUGGCACUAAUUAAUAGUACUGUCUGGUUUUCUUAACGCUGCAGCUGCUGGAAUCUUGAUCUACAUGGCCCUUGUUGAUUUGGUAACUCCACUAUUCAUGAACCACAAAGCUCAGAGUAGUAUGAAGAUACAAUUAGCUUGUAGCUUUUCUCUUAUUCUUGGUGUUGGUUUGAUGUCUC